GAGCAGAAGCAUCCGGCAUUGUAUCAGCGCUGCUACAGCAUCAGGACCAUAGUGGGGGGGAUAAGGCCUGAGCGCUAUCUGCUGCCCUCCAGCUGAGGGGCACUGUGACAGAUGCGGAGUACAGGAGGCAGCUAGCCGGGUAAAAUAGCAUGUUUUGGAGAGAUCCGAGUGAACAGAGCUGGGGGGCUGGUGUGACAGACGGAUAGAUAACGCGGGUAUUAGAAGACAGGUGUAUAUGAGAAAAGGAUAAAUGAUCACUGUCAUUUAAACAUAUGAAAAAAUAAUGAAAUUGCAGAGAAAGCUUAGGAAGACAGGAAUGAGAGAAGACCUGGGGACAUAGAGGCAUUGGUUAAUUUUAGAGUUAAAAAGGACAAAACAUGUAGAAAAGAUGAAUUAGAACAAAUGACGGGAAACUACAGACUGAGGAAAUAGGUUGGGUGGAAAGGACAGGUGGGAGAAUUACUGAAGGAGAGGCAGCCACACAGCAUAGAGCAGAGAGGGGAAAUGGUAAGAUAUAAAAGCAAAGGGCACAUGAAUAAGAGAAAUAAAAGAAAGGCAGAUAAAGGGCAUGCAGCUGCAUAAAUAGAGGAGAGGACACCACUGCUUACAGUCAAUUGAAGAGAUUGGAAAGACAACUCAGUGUUUGUUUAAAAUAUAUCUUACAACAACUAUAUAUUUUUAUGCUUGAACCUGGCUAUAUAGUUGAGGUAUUUCUGCACUUUGUCUGGAUGAAUAUCUGGCUGCCACCUUACUCUGGUGACCUGGAUGUGUUUUACCACCAAAUGAAGAGGAAUGUAUAAGGGGUGGAGACUUGUUUUCCACAAAUUCAAGUAUAGCUAAGGACCAGCCACCCUACUCACCAGGCUGUAAUCAACCUUAUAUAUAGAGACAGACCAGAAUCAAUCACCUGUUACCUUUCCAUGCAGGCAUUUUGCAGUUUGAAGUCCAUCUUACAAUUUGGGUACUUUUUCUACUGGUUUUCUACUGGCUCACAUACCAUCUUCUCACGUGGACUCUAGGAGCUAGUUCUUUGACCACUUUCAAAACUACAGGUGAUCUCCAAAAUAAAUUGAAGACAACCUCCUCAGAGUGGGGUUUUAGCCCUCAUUUUAAGGGGCUGGGGUGUGGCAGUGGUAGACAAAAGGGAGGGGUGUUUGGGGAAAAGGGGUUGCAGGCUUUAAGAUGCAGAGCUCCCCCCAGAGAAGAGAAGCUGCAGAGGAGGCUGGAGGCCUCUCUCUGAAUCAUGUGCUCUCGGGGGGUGGGAAGGACCGCAGAGCAGGGGGGACGCAGCGGCAGAGCUGGCGAAAGGGAGAGGAUCCGAGGGAGAGUCCGGGCAGUUAUCAGUCAGCUCGAAGGAAUCUUGAGGGACCUCAAAGAAGUGGCCAAAGAGCUGAGAGAGGUGGUGGAGCAAAUAGACAAACUCACCUCAGACUUUGAGUUUGAAUUGGAUGCAGAUGACUGGACCCCAGGAACUGUUAGUAGCACAUCCAGUAGUGAGAAGGGGAUUCCCCUCUGUGACCUGGGACCCAUGGACUUCUUAAGUUCAGACAGCUGGGAAUUCUGCUCCUUCCUGGAAGCCUCAACCCCAUCAGAUUCUGGAGAUGGAUCAGACCGUCCCACUGAUUUUACAUUGCUCAAUGGGGGAAUUACUCCAAAUGGUCCAGACUCCUCCAGUGAGGAAACCCCCGUCCCACCACCAAAACCUCACCCAGGUAGGAACCCUGGAUCUAGAGACAGGGUGAGGUUCAGUGACAAAGUUCUUUACCAUGCACUGUGUUGUGAUGAUGAGGACUCUCCACAUGGCCAGGAACCAACAAGGGAUACCCCCAGGCCUGCAGCUUCCUGUGUUGCUGCAAAAAGCAGGCAGGGUGUCCUGACUGGUGGCAGGAGAGGGACAAGGAACUGCAGUACCCAGACUGUGUGUGACAAGAGCACACAGACUGUGCUGCCUUAUGUGCCAAAAAAAGCAAAGGAGAGACACUAAAUAGAGAGGAAAGGGACAAGGAAUAAUGAAGAAUACAGCCGGAAAUAAUGAUGGACGUGUGAAGGAAAUGAACAGAGAGCAGAUUAAAGGGAAAAAGGACAAUUCAAAUAGAUUAGAACGAAGGAACAGCGUUAUGUGGAAAUUACUUAAGCAAAGUCAGAAGAUGCAAGUAGAUAAAAAGUGAUGGAAACAGAUAUUAUAGUAAGCUGGUUGUGGGAAUGAAAACAAACAAACAUUUGUUUUAUAAAAGUGAAGAGGUAAAAUAGUUAUCAAAAUAGAGAUCAUUGAACCAUGUGGUAUAAUGGGCAAUAUAUGGUGCACUUUUUAACUUUUCUUAUUAACUGUUGGGGUCUUGCAGAACAAGGACUCUCAUCCCCCUCCCUUCUGUAUUCUGAUAUCAACCUUUGCUAGAACCUCAUAGCCCCUGCUGACACCUCACAUCCUGUCUCUGUGCCAAUAUCUUCACUUCCCAUCUAUAUUAUUAAAGGUAAAAUAAUCCACAAGAAGUAACAGUUAUUUAAAUAAAUAAUACAAACUGGGGAGUAGGUUUGUAUAAUGCAAAAUAAUUCACUCUGUACAUUGGUGAUUGGGGAAGGUUUUAUGUUAAAGGUGUUUUGUAGGACCUUAUGGGCUAUAUCAUGGCAAAGAGAAGACAUAUUUCUGAGACAUACUAACUCUUCAUAUGUUGGAUUAAACUUUCUGCUUCCCAUUGCUUAAAUCCCAGGGCAAUUGCUGUUUUUCUAACUAUUAGGUCUCAAUCACUUCACAAGCAUAUUGGAAGAGAUUUCACGAUACAAUACCGUAUUGAAAGCGAUUACUGUAACUAUUUGCACUGUUGGUUUUUAUGCUGCAUUCUUCUUGCAGGCAUCCUAAAGCUGAACUUCUAAACUAUUUUAUAGUUGACCAAAUAUAAACCAUUAAUUGAGAAAGCCAUUAGUAACUUAAAUAUGUAUUCUAUUUAAUGUUCUGCUCAUUACUAACUUGUAAUCUCUUAUUUGCCUUUAGUAACUGGCACUCACACCCAAUCCAUUGCAUACUGCACAAAACUAACCCUGCUACAUACAGGUUGAGAUUUAUAAAAAUGAUAGCUGUUUUGCACUGUACUCUUGACAUUAUAAGCAGUCUUACAGACCAUGUCUACUUUUUAAUCUUUAGAUUUGCUCUUACCAGUUUAUUUUGACAUAAGCUUUACUCGCUCUUCUUCACUAUCUCUACUACUCUGAGCUGAACAUAUACCAUUCCACUCUCCCACUAAAGAUGGUUUUAUCCUCUCCACGAUCUGUAAUAUUCAGUGUUCUCCACACUCUAUUUAGGUGGAAUUAUGAAGUAGCCAGGUGGGGGCUGUAAUAUUAAAAAAUGUUCUGUUAUUUACAAAUGUUACUUAAAGGGAAAGUCUAGUCUAUAUUAAACUUUCAUGAUUCAGAUACGACAUGCAAUUUUAAACAACUUUACAAUUUACUUUUAUAAUCAAAUUUUCUCUUGGUAUUCUUUGUGGAAGCUAAAACCUAGGUAGGCUCAUAGGCUAAUUUCUAAGCCCUUGAAGGCUGCCUCUUAUCUCAGUGCAUUUUGACAGUUUAUCACAGCUAGAGAAUGCUAGUUCUUGUGUGUCAUAUAGAUAACAUUGUGCCGACUCCUGUGGAGUUAUUUAUGAGUCAGUACUGAUUAGCUAAAAUGUAAGUCUGUCAAAAGAACAAAUAUGGGGGCAGCCUGCAGAGGCUUAGAUACAACGUAAUCAGAGAGAUAAAAAGUAUAUUAAUAGAACUGUGUUUUUAUGGAAUGGGUAGUAAAAGGGAUUAUCUAUCUUUAGAAACAAUAAAAAUACUGGAGUAGA